UUUACCAAGUAGCACAAAAAGUAGAAAAAAUACCAAGAUUAACUAUGAAAGUACGUCGUACAUUAAAGGGACAUUUAGCUAAAAUAUAUGCAAUGCAUUGGGCAGGCGAUAAACGUCAUUUAGUAUCAGCUUCACAAGAUGGUAAAUUAUUAGUUUGGGAUGCUUAUUCAACACACAAAUUACAUGCGAUACCCUUACGAUCUUCUUGGGUGAUGACAUGUGCUUAUUCACCAAGUGGAUAUUUUGUUGCAUCAGGUGGAUUAGAUAAUGUAUGUUCAAUAUACAACAUAAGAUCAAGAGAUUCUCCCACAAAGCCAGCAAGAGAAUUAUCAGGUCAUACAGGUUAUCUUAGUUGUUGUCGAUUUUUAAAUGAUAAUCAAAUUUUAACUUCCAGUGGAGAUACGACUUGUAUGCUCUGGGAUAUUGAUGCUGGUGUCAAAUUAGAUGAAUUUACUGAUCAUACUGGAGAUGUCAUGAGAAUGCUUAUAUAAAUGUAUAUUUGUAUAUAUAAUUUUUUAUUUUUAUUUUAUUUUUCUUUUUAUUUUAUUUUUUAUUUUCCUCUCUUCUUUUCUUUUUUUCUUUCUCUCUCUCUCUCUUUCCAUUGUCUUGCCUUGCUUCGCCUUGCCUUGCUUCGCCU